AUGCUAUGCCUCACCUUCUUCUUCUUUUGCGUGGAAAUCUUUGUCGGCUACUGGUCCAACUCUACCGCUCUCAUUGCCGACUCCUUUCACAUGCUCUCCGAUGUGGUGGCUCUAGUCAUUGCCUACGUCUCAGUCAGGAUGUCGCCGAAAAAGUGGUCCAAAAACACCUUUGGCUGGGCUCGGGCCGAGGUGUUGGGCGCCCUGAUCAACGCCGUCUUUCUCGUGGCCCUCUGCUUCUCCAUUCUCAUCGAGUCUUUCAAGCGGUUCGCCGACCCGGAGAAACUGCACAAUCCUAUUCUCGUCUUUUGGGUCGGAGUCGUCGGGCUCAUUGUCAACAUCAUCGGCCUCUUUCUCUUUCACGAACACUCCGGGCACGGCCACGGCGGCGGGCAUCACAUGCAGUUGCCUAUAGAGGAGGUAGUGGUCAUUGAACCAAACGAAACCAAGAAUGCCCUCGUCGGCAAUGGCAAUGGCGCUCAACUGCAGACGCACGAGGGCGUCUCCCACAGCCAGUCGCAUGGAAAUGGCACCGUGCCACAGAAGCAAAGCAGCAAAAACAUGAACAUGCAGGGCGUCUUUCUCCACACGCACGAGGGCGUCUCCCAUAGCCAGUCGCAUGGAAAUGGCACUGUGCCACAGAAGCCGAGUAGCAAAAACAUGAACAUGCAAGGCGUCUUUCUCCACGUGCUCGCCGAUGCGCUGGGCUCUGUCAUUGUGAUAAUCAGUGCCUUGGUGGUGACGUACACCGACUGGAAGUACAACGUCUAUGUUGACCCUGCCCUUUCAGUCAUCAUGGUCGUCAUUAUUACCCACACCACUUUACCCUUACUCAUGGACUCUGCCAUGAUUCUCCUGCAGACCGUCCCGACUCACAUUCAAAUCGACUCACUCCAGCGAAAGCUACUGGAAAACAUUGACGGCGUCCUCGCCGUUCACGAGUUUCACGUGUGGCAACUGGCGGGCGACCGCAUCAUCGCCUCGGCGCACAUUCGCUGUCGCAACCUGCACGACUACAUGCAGAUUGCCGAACAGGUGAAGGAGUUCUUUCACAAUGAGGGCAUCCACUCGACGACCAUUCAACCAGAGUUUGUCGAGUUUGAGGCUGAGCUGCCCGUCGGCAAGCUCAACCGCCCAAUGGACAACUGUGCGCUCGACUGUCCGCCAGGCCAGCCCGGCGUCGGCAAUGGCUGUCUGCAGAAUACCUGCUGUGGGCCACAGCAGGACAAGAAUCGCAAGUCGCCGAGCAGCGUCGAGCUGGACGAUGGUGGUGGCUGUGGUGGUGCCGAGGGCGGCGGCGGAGGGACGCCGCGCAACGGUCGAAAGCACAACAAGCGCAAGUCUGGCGGCGGCGGAAGCAGCAGCGAUUCUGAUCUCAUUCCGCACGAAACGUGCUUCCACGCAGUCAACGUCGUCGGAGACUCAAAGAGCGCAGCUCCCUCGCUGACUGACACCACUAAAAUGGGCUCAUCGCACAAGAUUCCCCUGAUUGCGAAGGAUGAUCAGGGCAACAUUAGCAGCUGCUCGAGCACCACCACACUGUCGGGCAGCAAGGAGAAGCUCAACAUUCUGUCUGACCACCACCGUCCGAAAGAGGUCUAG